AUGACCGAGGGUGACACCGCAAAUGAGUCACAAAGUGGCAAUAUAUUACUGCCAGUGUCGAGAAAGUCGCAACCUCAGCUAACCUCCUAUAGCACGUUGGAGAUUGCACCGGAAAGGAGAAACCUGUUACAACAGCAAAAGAAUAAUUACGCAGAGUUCUCAAUACCCAAGGCACCCGGUAGCGAUUUGCGUGCUGAAACUGUUAGAGAUAAGUUGGAGGAAGAAACUAAUGUUUACACUAAAGGUGUCAGGGAUACAGAUGUGGACUGGUUUCUCAGGGAUUCUUCUAUGGACCCCGCGAUCCCAUUACCUAAGCGGGCACCCGUCAGUACUACCAUUACAGGUAGUGAGGACAAAGAAAGGAACUUACCGGCCACAAAAGAAUUGGGAGUUGGAACAGCGGCAGCAGCAGCGGCAGCAGAAGCAGAAGCAGAAGGAUCAGGAGUAGUAGCAUCACUGCCACAAACCCCCAUUCGGUCCGUGAACUCCCAUCUAAACACAGACAUUUCCAAUUCCAACGAUGCGAUUGUAUCAAAGACAAAACCAUCGAUCUCGCCUAUACGCGAAGAGCAUGUUCAGACAAAAUACACACCCCAAGCACCAAAUAACAGCGAGGUACCGUUUGUUAAACCUAGACGGAGAAGUAGCACCGGAGGCGGGCUUUUCUCCAAAAUAAAAGAAAAAUUCACCAAGGAUACUUACGAGCCUCCCUCUAAGCCUACGAAUCAGUCAAGUGACCACUUCUUCAAAGCAGAUUACAAUAUGACAAGGCCAAACACUCACAACCCCAUCCACGAGCCAUCGCUACACUCUCAAAAGGUGACGGCGCUGCUAGCAUCUACUAACGAGCUAUCGAGUUUGGAAAGGACAAAAACGGCACCAGCCCUUCCUGUUGGCACGACUCACGCAGAUCCAAGACUCGAAGAAUACGUCAGGUUCUACAAACAAAAAGAUCUUCGUCGAAGCUCAACUACAUCUACUGGUUCGACUGGGAGUGACACGACUUCCAAACCUAGUGUCUUGAUCAACGGAUACGAUAAUACAGUCUAUGGAGAUAAACAUGGUGCUUCUGCUUCUGCCCAAAAUGAGUCCACUUCGUCUCGAAUCUCUCACUUCUUGAGGCGAAAGAGUUCGGUUAAAGGAGAUACGGCUCAUUCCCCAGCACCUUCUGCAGUGGCACCAUCCACCUCGUCUUUACUGACAAGCCCUCCACCAAGCACAGGAAAUGACCUUGAACUAAACCCAGCGUUUAAAGGAUUGAAACCAUUGAAGCGAGUAGCAUUUCACUCUUCCACAUUCUUGAUCGAUCCCCCACAACAAAUUCCCUCGCGUACUCCUCGAAAGGGAAAUGUUGAAAUACUAUCCAAUGGACAAGUAAAAAUAAACCCCUUGACGGAAGAAGACAAAGAAGCUAUUGAGAAAUCGCAAAUGGGAUUAGGUGGUGGGAUUGUCGUUGGAGGUACCGGUGCGUUGGGUUACAUACCGAAGGAUGCUCCCAAAGAUGCGGAGAAUGGAAAAGAUGAUCGCGAAGGGGACGAGGUUGACAAUAGCUCACAGGACGGCCCAUCUCAGGAAGAAGACGAACCAGCAAUUGACCAGCAUGCGAAAAAUAUUGCAAUCGACAAGUUUAUGGUUCACCAUGAACCAAUGAACUACACUGUUCCAGUUAAGAAGAUGGCUCUUGACACAAUGUAUUCUCGUUGCUGCCAUUUACGCGAAAUAUUGCCUAUUCCGGCUAUAUUAAAACAAAUACCAGAAGGUUCAAUGGCCCCACUUCCCGUUUUGCAACUUCGGAAUCCUCACCCAACAAUGAUCGAAGUACAAACUUUUGCAGACUUUGUGCGCAUUGCACCUAUAGUAUGUGUUUCAUUGGACGGUGUCAAUUUAACUGUUGAGCAAUUCAAAAUACUAUUAUCUGCAAUGAGUGCAAAGAAGCAACUUGAAAAAUUGAGUUUGAGAAACACUCCAAUUAAUCAAGAGGGGUGGUCUUUAUUCUGCUGGUUUUUGUCGAGGAACACGGUAUUGAAUAAAUUGGACAUCACGCAGUGUCCAGCUUUAUCUGUAAACGUUCUAAAGAAAAAGAAGAAGAAGGCGCAAACAGACACAAAGAAGUAUGAAGAGGACUUGGAAAGAAUGACCUGCAACAAAGACAACAGAUCUGAUGUUGAUUGGUCGUUGUUUGUUGCAACUUUGAUUGCGAGGGGAGGUAUCGAGGAGUUGAUAAUGACUGGGUGUUGUAUUACCAACGUUGAGAUAUUUGAAAAUUUGAUGGAGUUGGCAGUUCUGAAAAAAACUUCCAGAUUGGGAUUAGCUUUUAACAACUUGACUCCGCGACAUAUGAAUAUAAUUGUCAAUUCGUGGAUCUUUGGUGAUUUUGCCAGAGGUUUAGAUUUAGGUUACAAUGACAUUUCAAGUACCAAAAUUUUGAAGAUUUUUUUGGACUUUACCAAGCGACCAGACUAUGAAAGGAUAAUUUCUAAGGCAACGUUAGCAUUCUUGAGCUUAAACUCGACAAAUGCCGUAUUCAAUGACGCUUUUAGGGAAGUUUUUGAAAACGUGUUGAUGAAGUUGCCAAACUUGAAGUACCUCGAUUUUUCAAACAAUCAAAGAUUAUUUGGCACCAUGUCUAACACACAAGAUACAAGUUCACUGAAUGUUAAUGCAACGGAGAAUGCCACUGUUGCCUACUUCACCUCAAAGUUACCACUUUUUCCAAAGAUGACAAGAUUGCAUCUCGAAAAUGAGAAUUUCAGUCAAUCGUCAAUACUUCAACUUGCAAAUGUUUUACCAUUUUGCAAAAAUAUGGGGUAUUUCUCUAUUCUUGGAAACUAUGUGGACUCCACAUCCGCUUCUGCUUUGAUUAAUGCAACAAAAAAUUCAAACACGUUGAUAAAUUUGGAUUGUGAUUCAUCAGCACUUCCAGGAUUAUUCAAGGAACGUAUUGGCUUGUACACCAUGAGAAACAUGGAGAAGUUGUUAUACGACUCAAAGCGCAAGGAUUUACCGCAGACUGCAGAGGUGCCGUUGAAGGAAGCAAUUGCACAACCUCAAUCGUUAACAGAACAAUUAAACAAUGUCUUGGACUUGAAAGCGCAAGAGAAGUUAGACUUGUCGUCUCCCGAUGUAGUCAAGCUUUUCAGUCGUGCCAAUCAAAUCAGAAGGAGCCUAAAGAAGUCUAUCGAGGAGUUGCUUAACUUGCAAUUGAAGAAUGCAUUAGACCUAGAUGGGAAAGAGACCCUUAUUCGACUUAUUUACAUCGAUUCCAGUAUUGAAAAAGGUUUACAAUUAAUUGAUCCCAAUUUUACUGAUGAUUCUGGGACAAGGGCCAAUAUGUAUCUCGUUAAGGUGGGAGAAGGACAAAAUCCCACGGGUCAGCAUCGUCCAGAACUACACGACGAUGGCGAUAAGCUAGCAGAGGCGGAUAUUCACCUAAAACCUGGUGAAGCCGUUCCUGCUAGCAAGUCCCCUUUGGCGUCAAAGUCUAAUUCAAGAACCAAUUUGGCCAGCUUGAAUAGACAAGAAGGAUCCAUGUUGAAGUUAUCGAGAUUGAAUGAUUACCACAAAAUAGAACCCGGUGAAUCCGAAAUGUCCGGUGAAGACGUUAGGAAGAAACUAAUGAAUGUCAACCUUUCCGAUUUGGAUAAAGUCAUUAGCUACUUGGACGAUUGGAGAAAGAGGGGCGUCUCGUUGGAGAAUGUGUUUAAGCACAAAUCAAAAGAGGGGGGAGAUGCAGAUGAACAGGAGUUGAGUUUUGAAGCGUUACAUCUGCAGUUAAGGAAGCUUUCAAAGGACGGUAUCGGAAACGAAGAUGGCACUUCGAAGGACUUUAGUGACACUGUAAACGAGAGCGAAGGGAAAGACUCAGUACUUAGUGAAACGUACGAUCAAGUGUUGAACAAUUUGACACAUUAA